GUCUGUUAGUGGGCGGGGUUUGCAGGGAUUGACGGGACGCGCAGCCUCAGGCUCCAUUGUGAGGAAGAGGCGGCUCCGGUACCGGGAUGUGAGGCCGCGCCCGCCCCGGAGCACAGUGCAAGGACGGCGCCCUCAGGAUGAGCUCCAAGCCCGGCUCGGAGCGGGAGACUGACGCCAGCGUCCGCCGUCACGCACUGCAGAGAAGCAAGGCCGACAUCCCCCCCAUCGACCUGGAGGUGCUGAAGGACCUGGAGAUCCUCGCUCAGGACGUCGCCCUAAAAGUCGAUCAGAUGAUGAGAAGUUUGAGCGGCACAAUCCAGAACAUGACGGCGCUCAGCGUGGGCUACAUCCAGACGUACAGGGAUUCCGUGGACAGCCUCGGAGAGUCAGUGGACAUGAGCAUCAAGGGGAUGUACACGCUGAUGGCGCGCUGCGAGGAGCUGGAUCGGUCCAUGCAGCCCAUUCAAGCUUUGGCCAAGCAGAUCCGGGAGAUUAAGCGCACGCUGGAGAUGUUCGAGACGUUAUGUAAAUAAUUAGCGAUUACGAGCGAGGAUUCUAUUUUUAAUAAAUGGAUUAAUGCGCCAAAGAGAA